GGUUGUAGGCAUCAACGUUGACAGUGAGUCAUUGAACAGGAGCUAUGGGUGGGGAGAUGCUUGGCCAGUGGGGAUACGGAUGGAGACAAUUGGACACUUCCCUAUCUUGCUAACGUUAUGCUUGAACCAUUUAUCAGGCCAACCAUCAGGGCAAGGACAUCCAUUGUCCUUCUACAUCUAGGUAUAAAAGAAGGCUGCAAUACCUAUCAACAGUCCAGAGCCGAUAACCAUAUAUCAACUUUUACCUGUCUUUCAAAGAUACACGCACAUAUUCAGCACAAUGGCAUCACCAUCAGCACACAUACUCGACAAAUCCAACUACUCCAAACACAAUCUUGUGACACUCCCACCAGAGCCUCUCCCACAACUUCCGCCCUCUUCCAUUCGCAUACAAUCUAAAAUCCUGGGUCUUACCACGAACAAUUUCAGUUACGCCCGCAUUGGCCAUAUCCUCGGCUGGUGGGACACCUACCCUCUGCCCCCAAACACCCCAGCACCCUUCAAUGACAGCGAGAAAUACGGUCGUAUCUCAGCAUGGGGAUACGCAGAGAUCCUCGAAUCCACCGUCUCCUCCAUUCCAGUGGGCCACACAGUCUACGGCUUCCUCCCCAUCUCGGAUCUCCCUGAGGACCUAGCCAUAGAAGAUGCCGGAUACAAGAACCAACUCGUAGUCACGAGCCCACACCGCCAGCACCUCUGGAAAGUCUACAACCGGUACCAACUCACCCCACCACUGAGCGAGCUGGAGGCCUCCCCCGGCCUGGAGUUCCUCGCCUGGGACGCCCUGAUGCAGGGCCUCUUCGCGACGUCGUAUAACCUCAACAAGUACGGUUUCGCGUGGGACGAGAAGAAUCUCUGCCACCCUACGGGACUCCCCACCACCAAUGACGAUGCUGACGACACCCUUGAUUCUUGGAAGAACAAGGAUGCAGACCUGUCGGGCGCAAGCGUCAUCGUGCUGAGUGCGAGCGGGAAGACGGCAAUGGCAUUCGCGCAACAGGUGAAGAAUAACAGACCGAAAGAGCAUCAGCCGAGGGCCGUGAUCGGCGUUGGAUCAGAGGCGUCGCGGAGUUUGAGCGAGGGGAGUGGAUUCUAUGAUAAGACGGUCUUGUAUGGAGAUUUCGACGCUGUGAAGACGGAGAUUGAGAGUGCGGGGCCGCAUCGAACGGUGGUGAUUGACUUUGGUGGCAGACCGGGAGCCCUCGAGGCCUGGGACAGCGCUUUUGCAGGCCUGUCUGAGACGCAUCCUUAUACAUUCGUGAGAGUGGGUGGGGAGGUUACGCCACAGGUUCCCAAGACGGCUACUGUGAGAUCGACGCCAUCUACGAAGAGCGUGCAGGUCAAUGCAAAUGUAUUGAGGGAAAAAGGGAUCGGACUCGGUGGUGACGAGUACUUCUCCGAGUUCUAUGAAGAGUUUAAUAAAUUCAAAAGCAACGGCGGCAUUCCAGGCUCCCACAUCAAAUGGGGCAGUGGUAUGAAGGGAUGGGAGGAGGGCUGGGAUGCGCUAUGCAAAGAUAAAGUCAGUGCUGACACUGCUUUGGUGUUCAAAUUGGAGUAGGUCAUUGCCAGAUGCUAUUCAAAGGUAGUAAGAGAUACAAAUUAGAAGGUGGCGCCUUGCUGGACAGGACGCCGUUUACUCCAGCUAGUUAUCUUCACAACGAAAGGCGAUUUUGGCUACGCAAGUAUUGGAAUGAAACUUUUCAUUAAUGAUAG